UGUGUGUGUGUGAGCACGUUGCAUACCAAGUGAGAAAGUGAGCCACAAAAGAAGGCAUUAUGAGUGCACGCGGUCGGUCACCUCCAUGUUUUUCCUGCAUGGCUGUGCAGACUGAUCUUUGAACCUGAUCUCUGAUAAAUCCCUCCGCGCACAUCAGAGGAACUGCUUCUCCUAAAAUAAUUUAAUCAGCGAGCAGGAAACUUAAAGGAGGAACCCUUUAAAUUCCGCCUCAGUGCCAUGGAUCUGUGGACCUCUGCUGGGACAUCCUGAGCAGCAGAAGGACUCGUUUUUUUUACCUCAAGAAAACUCCUACAAACACAGAGAUGUUUACUUUAAAAUGUUUUAUCACGUGCAUUUUGGUUUUUAUACCGACGUGUCUCAGUAAAAAAGCUGUUGGCCGGGAUGGGAAGGUAUUUCUGGAGAAUAUUUUACGGUAUUAUGGACAAAAUAAUUCAAUUUCAACGGAAAAUCUGGAGAAUCUACUGCUGCUAAUCUCAGACAGAAGAGCUGAGCUGAUAACUGAAGGAAACCCGCUGGCAGGCGAAGAGUGUCAGUCUACAGAGCAGAUUUUGUCUCACUUUGGCUUCAGCAAUGAGAGCCAGCUGACGGUGGAGCAUCUGGGGAGGAUCUGCCCCGCGGUGCUGACCCAGGUCCUGCUGCCCUCCUGCCCCUACACCGGCUCCGAGACGCUGCUGCCCCAAGACUACUCCGUGUGGGGUUACGGGUUUCUGUCCGUCACUGUGAUCAACCUGGCGUCUCUGCUCGGCCUCUUCCUGAUCCCCUUCACCAAGAAGCCAUAUUUCCCCAAACUGCUGACCUACUUCAUCGGCCUCGCUAUCGGGACGCUCUUCUCCAACGCUGUGCUGCAGCUCAUACCCGAGGCGCUUGGUUUUGAUCCCAAAUUGGAUGACUAUGUGGAGAACGCAGUUGGAAUAUUUGGAGGGUUUUAUCUCCUUUUCGUUGUGGAGAAGGUACUGAAAAUGGCUCUCAGGAUAGACGAUGAGCAUGGCCACAGCGACUUCACUCCUUCUGAUCCUCCUCAAGAAAACUUGCUCCAGAACGGGGAUUUACCGGAGAAAAAGGACUCCAUUGUUCUGACCAGCGUCAACACCAUCGCCACCGACAAGAGCAGCCCGAACGCUGAGCCUGUGAACACAAACGUGACGACCUCUCAGGACGUGCAGGUAUCAGGCAUGAUGUGCCACUGGCUGCGAGGAACUCGUGUCUCCAGCAUCAAGACGGUGGCGUGGAUGAUCACUCUGAGCGAUGCGGUGCACAACUUCAUCGACGGCCUGGCUAUCGGCGCCUCGUUCACCGUGUCCCUCCUGGCGGGCUUCAGUACGUCCACCGCCAUCGUGUGCGAGGAGUUCCCCCACGAGCUCGGGGACUUUGUGAUCCUGCUGAACGCUGGUAUGACCGUCCCACAGGCCAUUUUCUUCAACAUGCUGUCUGCGGUGUCGUGUUACAUCGGGCUGGCGUUCGGCAUCCUGCUCGGGAGCAACUUUGCCCCCAAUGCAAUCUUUGCCAUCGCGGGAGGAAUGUUUCUGUACAUUGCUCUGGCAGACAUGUUUCCGGAGAUGGAGAAAAUUUCACGGGAACAGAAGGGGACUUCCAACAAGAUCAUCUUCUUCAUCAUCCAGAACGUGGGGCUGCUGAGCGGCUUCGCCAUCAUCCUGCUCAUCACCAUGUACGCAGGGGAAAUCAACCUCUAGAGAGAGACUAAGGAACAAAAACUGGAAAGAAAAAUUCAAUAAAAAAUGAGCUGCUUCUAUUUCUACUCACUCGGCUGGGCGGGAAAGUGAAUGUAAAUGUUUUGUACGAACAAAACCAAAAUGGAAAAAAAAAGCUUUUAUAUCUUUUGACUAUCAAGUAAGUGGAACGUUUAGCUCCAUAAAAAGGGAAAUCUGUACAAUCAUUAUGUAUGAACUCUAGUCAAAUUGUGUUUUUUUGAGGAGACAAUAAAUUAUUUUUUCAGUCUUCA